UCUCUGCCUCUCUCUGUCCCAGAAUAAAUAAAUAAAACUUUAAAAAUAUAUAUAUUUAAAAAAUCAGGUGGAUUUAGAGCUCUCUAGUGGAAAGAAACGUGUCUAUGUUGCUAAGACCCACCUUCACCAUCUCUACAGCCUGGCUCUUAUGCAUUGGCUGAUAUGAGCAAGAUCCCUGCCUCCCGUUCCCCUGUAUGGAGAAUUCUGAACCCAGAAUUUCUGGCACAUCCAAAAUGUGCCCAGCAAGGCUAGGAAGGAUGGGGAUUGGAACUAGCAUUUAUUGUGCACCCACUAUGUGGCAUAGUGCUAGGUGCUUUAUAGCACAUUAUAUCACUUGGAAGCUGAGGUUCAGAGAAGUCGUUACAUGCCUAAAUUCACAAGGACAUAACGUGUUAGAAUCAGGAUUUUAAGCGGAGGAUUUCAGAUUGAGAUCAGCUGAUGGCAGUGUCCUGCGGUGGAGGCGUAAUUCUAACUUUCUGCUUUUUCUGGCUGUAACUCGUCCUCAAGAGACAUUGGAUAACAUGUUCCUACAUUCCAGAGUCUGUUGGUAUAUGGAGCAGACACUGUUUAUUUUGCCCUUGGAGACUUAACCUGUUUGGAGACUCUUCUCUGUGCAGGGAGUAGCGUCUGAGGGUGGGUGGCUUUGCCCCGGAGGCCGCCUUAGACUGCGUACAUGGAAAUAAGUAAACCCUCUUCCACAGUAGUGCGUGUGGUCUGGUGGUGAGGACCAGCAUUGGGCGUCAGGUGGCCUGGGUUGUGAUCUCAAUUUCACCACUAGUUUGUGGUGUGACCCUGGACAGUUAUCCAGCGACAGUGUGCUUGAGUUUCUUCUGCUGUCAGAUCAAAUAAUUUCAGCCCUGCCUGCUUUCCAGGGAUGUUGAGAGGCUAAUUGAAACAGCACUUGAAAAAGACUGUAUGGAGUCACAAGGGCUGUACUAGCCUGAGAUCACUCUUACAGCGUGGGCGUUGCAAAUCUCUCCUGCUUUUGCGACAUAGUUUGCCCUGGCUAUGAAGAUAGUAUCCGAAAAUGAGUUAUUGGGCUGCCGUAGACCCUAUUUUUUUCCACCUCCUCUCAAAGCCUCUUUCUUGUUGCGAUUACACCUCAUAAAAUGUAAUGUAUCACCCCCCAGCCCCUCCCACUUCCUGUUUGGUUAGAAGAAUACAUACGCUCGCUCAUAGGGUUCUUUACAGGUUACAAAGAGAUUUUAUAUACCUCAUAUGAGGUUAGCUCAUUUAAUGCUCACAGCGUGAUGAGGUAGUAAUUAUUUCCCACAUGUUAUAGAUGGGGAAACAGAGGUGUUCCGUCGCUUGUUCUGGGUCCCAGAGGUGAGAAAGUGGCCGAACCAGGCCCGAACUCGGGCCUGCUGACAAAAUGUGCAUCCAGGACCCUUUUCACCAUAGCCCAGAUGUUUGCAUCCCUUCCCCUCUCUGGAUCCAACCAGGCUGUUCUGUGCUCUCAGCCCUGGGUGUUUCCACACAGCUCUCUCUCCUUCACGCCCUGCCAUACCUCAAUUAUUGUAAUUACCCCACCACCUGCAAAAGUCAAGCGGGAAUGAUGGAACAAUGCAUGCCCAGGUGUGGCUGUUGCUGGGGACAGCUGCUCCCUGCCAGGGUGAAGAGGAGGGAGGCCUGGGGAGGGAGGGGGACGGGAGCUGCCUCCUCAAGCCUAGCUAGAGACCUAUCUUUGCCUUUGGGUGGCUGUGCCAUGGAAGGGGACGGAAAGGGCAUAGAAAUGAGAUGGGAAAACAGAAACUCUGCUUCCCCUCCCAGGUUGGGGGCCCAAAGCCGAGGGGUAGAGAUGGCAUGUAUGGCUGGGUAUUUGGACUCCUAGCCGUGGUGUAAAGCUAGGUGCCUUGGCGUCACAGAAAUCUGAGGACGAGAAGCAAAGCAGCGUGGGGAGAUGAGCGGUAACGCGAGCCCAACUGGGAGUGGUAGGUGUGGUUCAGUUUGCUCGGGCAAGACCUGGAGAGCCAAAGGGAAAGUCGUCGUGGCUAGGAUCGCUCUGAGCUUGUGCACCUGACAGCAAUAAUCACAUAUGAUGAUUUAAAAAAAAAAAAAAAAAAGACAUCUGAAAUACUCUGCAUCCAGUACUCGAACAUGACCGUAAACCCAGUAGUCUACAGGGCCGACAAUAACCAGCAGUGGUUUCUCAGUGCAGCACGGAAUGAUCUAGGCUGAGGGACUUGUGGCAUGUUGGAAGGACCUCGGCAAUGUCUCUCUUCUGUUGCCUGUCAUCCUUUCCUUUUUCCACUCCAACCCCACCCCCUUUGUUCGCACCAUUUGUGGCCCUGGACCAGGUGGAGAAAUGGAACCGCAGCGACCAGAAGCUGCUGGAGGCAGUGCAGCGGGGGGAUGUGGGACGCGUGGCCUCCCUGGCCUCGAGGAAGUCGGCCCGACCCACCAAGCUGAACUCGAGCGGCCAGUCCUCGUUUCAUCUGGCAGCCUCCAAAGGCCUGACAGAAUGUCUGACUAUCCUGCUGGCAAAUGGAGCUGACAUCAACAGCAAAAACGAGGAUGGAAGCACUGCCCUGCACUUGGCCACCAUCUCCUGCCAGCCACAAUGUGUCAAAGUCCUGCUGCAGCAUGGUGCCAACGAAGAUGCUGUGGAUGCAGAAAAUCGUAGUCCGCUGCACUGGGCAGCCUCCUCUGGCUGUGCCUCAAGUGUUCUCCUGCUGUGUGACCACGAAGCCUUCCUGAACGUCCCAGAUAAUGACGGACGUACACCCCUGAUGAUCGCAUCGCUGGGUGGCCAUGCAGCUAUCUGCUCACAGCUACUGCAGAGAGGUGCCCAGGUUAAUGUCACGGACAAGGAUGCCAAGUCGGCUCUGAUCCUGGCCUGUGAGAAAGGCAGCGCGGAGGUGGCCGAGCUGCUCCUGAGCCACGGGGCAGACGCAGGGGCGGUGGACAACGAGGGGCACGACGCUCUGCAUUAUGCUGUACGCUCGGAAGACAGGGAGCUGUGGAGGCUGCUCCGGCAGGCCCUGCUCCGGCAGGGGCGGCAGGGAGGUCAGGGGCUUGCUCAACAUCCGGAUCUUACAUCCCAGGCCUCCCCAUCAGAGUCUCUGGUGGGUUCUCCACCCCAGAGCCCGUGGAGAGCGGAGCCCGAGGAAGAGGAGGAGGAAGACCCAUGCCCCGAUGAGUGGAGGCGGAAGUAUGAAGAGGAGCAGAGGAAGGUUUCUCAGUUGGAGCAGGAGCUGGUGCGAAAGACGGAAGAGAGCGAGGCUCGAGCUGCAGCCUGCCUGGGCCUGGAGAACGGGAUUCGAGAGCAGGUGCAGGAGCUGGGGCUUCUCCUAUCACCACAGCCUGGGACUCCAGGAGGGCAGGGCUCUAGUCUCCGGCCUGGAGGAGAUGGCAUGGAGCAGGGUUGUCCCCUGGACCUUCUGGCUGAGCGCAUUCAAGAACUAAAGAAGCAGCAGCAGGCAGCAGCUGCAGCUGCAGCCAAACGGGCGUUAGCUUCUAAGAAGGCAGAGGAUUUGGUCUUGGAGGUCCCGUAUGAAGCCCCUGGAGGGGCCCAACCGGAAGAACAGGGACCACCCCAGAGCCCCAGGUCUGAGACCAUUGGGAAAGCCACAGGACAGCAGCUGACCACCAGCGGUGGACAGGCCCUUGGCCCUGAUCACACUGACAAGCCACGUGCUGGCCAGAAAGAGGGGCCCCGGGCCCCAGGGGCUGAACCAGCAGGCACGGCGGCUGCACCAGUGGGCCCCGGAGACGUGAACCAGCUCCUGCUACAACUGAGGGAGGAGCUGGCCGCGGUGUGGCGAGAAAAGGAUGCCGCCCGAGGGGCUUUGUCAAGGCCGGUCCUGGAGGGAGCUCUGGGGACACCCCGGGCCGAGGCUGCGGCGGCCGCCUGGGAGAAGAUGGAGGCCAGGCUGGAGCAGGUGCUGGUGAGGCUGGACAGGGCCAAGGCGGGAUUACCCGUGAGCCCUGACGCCUCUGCCCGGCCCAGAGAGGGAGCCCUGCACACCGGCCCAGAGACCACCUCCGAAGAGAAUGAAGGGGGGCGGCCAGGGGCUCCUGGGGCUCGCGGAGAGCCUCUAGGGGCCCCCGCAAGGGGACAGGUGCCUGGAGGAGGUCCGGCCAAGGGACGGUUGGAGAAGGAGGUGGCGGCCCUGCGGCUGAGCAACAGUAACCUGCUGGGGGAGCUGGGGCAGCGGCUGCAGGGGGAGCCGCAGUCCCUGAGCCAGCGUCUGCAGCGGGAUUUCGUCCCCAAGCCGGAGGCGCAGGACCAGCUGCGGCAGUUGCGGCGCAGCGUGGGGCUGCUGACAGAUGAACUGGCCGCGGAGAAGGAGGCCACCGAGCAGCUGCGGCAGCGCCUGGCCUCCCAGAGCAGUGGCCUCCGUGGGCUGUGGGACGACCUGCCGCCGGACGUGGUGGGCAGGGGCGUCGCGGGGCUCACGGCGGCCGAACCCCUGGAGGAGCUGCGGGCCUGCAUCCGCGCCCUGGCCGACGGGCACCGCGAGGCCCAAGCCUCGCUGGCCCGGCUGGAGCAGGAAAACCGGCGGCUGCGCGGGUCCCCCGGCCCCCGCGGGGAGCCACCCGGCACCUUCUCACAGGGCCCAGUCUCCCCCCAGGUGGCCGCUCUGGAGCAGGACCUGGGGAAGCUGGAGGAGGAGCUGCGGGCCGUCCAGGCCACGAUGAGCGGGAAGAGCCAGGAGAUCGGGACGCUGAAGAAGCUGCUGUACCAGGCCACCGAGGAGGUGGCCGAGCUGCGGGCCCGUGAGGCCGCCAGCCUGCGGCAGCACGAGAAAACGCGGGGCUCGCUGGUGGCCCAGGCCCAGGCUUGGGGCCAGGAGCUGAAGGCCCUCCUGGAGAAGUAUAACACGGCGUGCCGGGAGAUGGGCCGGCUGCGCGAGGCCGCGGCCGAGGAGCGGCGCCGUAGCGGGGACCUGGCGGCGCGGGCCGCGGAGCAGGAGCGCCAGGCCGCCGGGCUGCGCGGGCGCUCCCAGCAGUUUGAGAAGACGGCCGAGGUGCUCAGGGACAAGGUGGAGCAUCUCAUCGGGGCCUGCCGGGACAAGGAGGCCAAGAUCAAGGAAUUGUUGAAGAAGCUGGAACAGCUUUCAGAGGAGGUCUUGGCAGUGCGGGGAGAAAAUGCUCGCCUUGCCCUGCAGCUGCAGGAUUCCCAGAAGAACCAUGAAGAGAUCAUCUCCGCCUAUAGGAAGCACCUGCUGAAUGCCGCUCAGGGUUACAUGGAACAAGAUGUGUAUAAUAUUCUGCUGCGAAUCCUCAGCAUACAGGAAGAGUGAGGCAGCCGGGGCCCUGAGGGGUGUGCGAUUUCUCCUGAUUUCUCUGUUGGAGUAAGAGCAUCCCUGGCUUCCAGAGGCUCCAUCAGGCUUUGGAGGGUGGGGCCAGGCAUGGGGAUGGCAUGGGUGGGGUUCCACCUGACACUAUGGACCCCAGACCUGAGAACCUGAAGCCUGGAGUCGGCAUGAGACCAGAGGAGAUGCACGGAGGCCAGCUCUAUGGAAAAUAAAGCAGGAGGCGGUGUGGUGUUGGGUGUCCCUGCUUUCUCUGUUCAAAGGCGAGUGGGGGAAGGAAACUUUUUUUAAAAAUCACAAAUGGCCCCCAAUUAUGAUCCAUAGUAAGAAAUACACUACAUCGUGGCGCAUCUAACCUGAAAUAGUAUUUACCCUUACUAUUUUCUUUCUAGGAUGUUCUCUGCUGUUAUUCUCCACUGAAAAAAAUAUUGCUCAAAAUACGUCCAUCCGCCCAUGGGUCAAGACCCACAGGUUGAAAAAUAGCACUCUGUGAAAAUGGAGAUCGACACUCUUUCUCUUUCUCAAAUCUGUCUCUAAUCUUUUUUCUCUAUCUUGUGAUUCCUGCGUCCACUAUCUUUUUUUAAGGAGGAGAGAGUGAGAGACCUGGAGUUUCUUCAAGAUGUAGAAUCUAAAAUAUUUGAUGGUGUGUCAAACCGGGCUUCUAGAUCUGAGGCACAGGGCUCACAUGGUCCGUGUUCUUUGCCCAGGUACCAAGAGGGGUUAAAAGUCUGAUUCCUGGGGAAGGGAGGAAGGGAUACACAGAGCUGGCUUCUUCCCUCCAGUUCUGUUCUCAGACUGAAAACCGUGGAUCUCUCUUGGCCACUUCCCGUGGGUCUCCUCCCCUUCGUGUCCCUCCACCAGCCAGACUGCUAGGUGUGGGAGAGGCAGCAAAUUCCUCCCCAAUCUGGAACUGCGUUUGGCCCCCUCCUUGGUCCUUCUCCCAGCCUACCCCCUGCUGGGUUAGGCUGGGUGGGAGGCCACGGUUUGGCAGUAAACAGCCUGCCUGGGUUGAGAGGAGAGUGUGGAGGGGCUGCUUCGAAGACAGGGGCCCACAGGGGGGCUGCAGGGCCUGGCUCCAGGGUUUGGGCCAGAAGAGAGCAGCGGGGUGUAGAUCACAUCCUAGAGAGGAUGAGGGUCAGCUUUAGGAUUUAUGCAAAUGGGCACAGGACUGCUUUUGGGCGUGAAGAAUGGAGACUGGAGGGGUUGAUGGAGAAAGAGAGGGCACAGCUGCCAGAGGAAGAGCAUCUGAAAGAUUGAGUCAUUUCCAUUAAGGGGAACAGAACCUCUCUUUUCUUUGAGUAACCAAAGAAUCUCAAAGGACUGUUACAAUCAUUAUUUAUGGAGUGCAGGGUGGGAAGAAUGAAGAAACUGUUGAGAGAGAGGGGUCCAGACAGGGGGAGAUGGUUUGGCUAAGUUCAAGUAUGAGUCAGGAAGCAGCUUUGGUAAUGGGAGCUGAUCCCAGGAUGGCUGAGUUAUGGGAAUGGUCAGUGAUAUGCUAACACAGGAUGGAAUGUUUCCAGCCUCUGGUCUUCCCAAACGGUGUCCCUCUGUACAACCCCAUAAACUCUUACCCCAACGACCCCAGGCCCUGAAGUUUUCCUUGAUUUCAAAAAUAAAUCUUUCUUUCCCAAAGUAA